CAAACAUUGAUUUGAUAGUAAAAAUAAAUUAGACUUUCAGUUUCCAUAAUAUCUGAAUUUUUUUGUAGCUAUUUUAAAAUGGAUUCCACAAGCUUAGCGGACAAUUUGCCAGACGACGAGUUCGAUAUUGAAUCGACAACAGCUUCUGAUGUAGCUACGACUGUCCAAAGAUUGAAAGAGUUUGCUUAUUACUUAGUAGAUAAUGUAGAAUAUAUAUUAACUUUUUUGCUCAAACUAUUAGAAGAACGACAAGUGCCACCAAAACCGACCAGUCAAACUGUUACUGUCAUAAGUACACUGUUUUCCGUGAUACCAAAAAUUGGAAGCGGAAUUAGCAGCGGACUGAAAACUGGAGAGUCUUACGUCUUUCGAAAAAUAGACAAAAAACAUGCACGGGCUUUAGCUGAACUUGUUUAUCACUUUAGCGAUAAUAAAGAAAAAUUUAGAUAUACUAUAAUUGAAGCCGCUGUAGAAGUUUUUAGUAAUUUUGAACUCCAAUUAAUGAAGCUAACUUGCAAUGGAGGACCAACGAGAGCAAUGCAAAAAUUAGCUAGAGAUGCUUCUGAUAGAAUUUUUGAUUACUUUCUGACAACAGAGCAAGACAAAAAUGUUACUAAAGCAGAAUUAACUAAAGGUAUUAUUUAUGGGGAGUCCAAAAGAAAUAGAGUAGGCAAGAAAGAAGGUAAAGAAGUUUCAAGUAAAUUAUCCAAAUGGAAAACAUGCAAGCUGUACUCGAAAGUGGGUAUAUUCAUUACUGAUUCAGGCCUAUUUUAUAAAAAUAAUUAUACCAAUACUCAGAAAUAUGGAUAUCGCAAAAUGUUUAUAUGGGAAGAUGAAGACAUUAUUCGAAAAACAUGGAUUUUAGACAGCCAUUUUGAAAUUCCAAAAUAUACCUUAAAAGUAUCCGAAGAUUUAUUGACGGAUAUUAAAGAAUAUAUUAUGAGAAAGGCUCCAUUUGAAGAAGCUCAACUGAAUCGACAAAAAUAUCACAUGGAUGCAACGGAAGAUAGACAAGUAAAACAUAACCAAACAAAAUCAUUAUUGGAAACACUUACUGAACAGAUUUUAAAAAUAACUAUAGGCACCGAACAGUACAAGAAUCUGCUAGAUGCUGUGUAUAAAAAUCAAGAAAAUAGUACCAAACAACAGUACCAGAUUGUUACUAAAUUGGAACUAGUUCAUACCGAUGUUAUAGAUUCAAAAGAAAAACAAGAAAUCUUGAGAAGAACAAGCGAAAACCUUCAAAACGAUAUCCAAGAGUUAAAAAGUAACCAUAAUGAGAUAGCCACAUCUCUUAUUACUGUGGAAGAAAUAGAACAAUUAGUAAAGGAGCAAGCCUCACAAAGUGUUUUAACAGAUCUAAAAGAAUAUGCUGGAAACUGUAUAAAAAGCUUAAACCCUAGUCCUCUAGUUAAAACGGGGGUGGAAGUCGUAAUACCAAAAAUAAUAGAAGGUGUAGAAAAAAUGAAGCCAAAAAUAAAAGAGGGAGUAGAAGUAUUGAUUCCAAAAAUUGAAGAAGGAAGGGACAAAGUUAUUCCAAAAAUUCAUGAGGCAGUAGAAAAGGCUCUUCCAAAGAUGCAAGAUUUAAGUAAUGAUUUUUUUAGUAAACCUGGCGUUAGUAACGAAGAAAUUAAGAAAGGACUUGAAGAAUCCGUACAAAAUGUCUCAAACAGCAUAGAUAAUGCUAAAGAAAAGAUAAAAGGUUUUUUUAAUUUUUAAGAAAUAAAUUGUAUUAUAAAACAAGCAAAGUUUUAAGAAAACGCUAACAAAAAUUUUAUUAGAUCAUUCCUAGUUUUCCGUAAUUUAUUUCGCAUUUUUUUGUCUAAAGAAAAAUAAAUAACUUUUUAUGUCGUCCUUUCUAAAAAACAUUGGAUCUAUUUUGGUAUUAUUCCGAAAAAUGACAUUACUGUCGAUAAGUGAAAAUGCGUCUAAUUCUUCAGUUAGAACCGGAUGCGCUUUUUUUAUACCAUCGGGACAUAUAGAAAAGAAAUUCAAACUGAAACCGGAGACUUCAAUUUAUACAGCAGAGGCUAAUGCAAUAUAUGAAGCUUUAUUAUAUGUAGCUGAAGCUGAUUUCGCCAAUAUCAGGUAUAAUUUUGUCUCUGACUUCUUAGCAGUGUUAAAAUCUAUUGGUAAAUAUGGAUCCCAAAUUUACAAGAAGCUCAUACAUUUAUAGAAUUAAACAUACUAAACAAAUUCUUUUAACCACAGGGAUCAAUGUCCAUUUUCUAUGGAUGAAAGUACAUGCAGGAUUUGAACAUAAUGAAUAUGUCGACUUAUUAGCCAAAGAAAGCAUUUCAAGUUUUGUAGAGCUUCCAGGAUUUACAUAACUUCCAGUAUUAGAGUACCAUUUGGACAGGCGCAUUAUCCACAACACUUAUUUAAAAUACAGGUUCUGGAUGAUAAUAAAUGAGAGCAUUGUGGAGAAGAAAGUGAUUGGGAUCAUAUAUUUUUUGGUUGUAAUAAGAAUGCAGAAUACUCAUCUAAACUUAUAAAUGAUUUAAUAAAAUGUAAAAUAACAGCUCCUUAAAAUAUCCUAUAUUUAUUAUCAUUUGGCUUUGUAGAUGUAUAAAACUUCUUAAUUAACUUUUUAAAAGACAGCAAAUGAUUAUUAUAUCAUUCUCU